AUGAUUACUGUCAAUAAUUCAUUUUUAUCAAACAAUACAACAAUAGAUUCUGUACAUUCAUAUCUAAAUUCAACCAUUGAAAUUCAUGAUACAUCAGCGGUCAGUACAAUAAUUACAAUUAUUAUUCUAUCAAUCUUAAGUGUAUGUGGUUGGAUAUUUAUGUCAUAUGCACUUUUUGGUCGAUCUGAAGCUUAUCAUACAAAGCCUGAUGAUCAAUUUGGAGCAUCACUUCAUACAAAUAAUCCAGAUGGACCAAAUUCAAAUGAUUUUACAGCUGAUCUUGACUAG